AUGGCGACUGCAGAAAGAAAUGAUCCAGUACAGUUGGUUCGACGUAUAACCGAUGUUGCUCGUGAAACACAUCAAUAUCUUUUACCAAUUUAUGAUUAUGAAAAAUUGCCACUUGUUCCACUCGAUAUAGCUAUUGAAGAACUUGUUGAAUUUCCACCAAACAUCCAAAGUUUUGCUUAUGUAGCUAAGCAACGAUGUGAAGAACCUGCUGAUGGACUUACACAAGAUGAGUCAGCUGCCAUAAUGCUUUAUUCUAUGGGAUGGGAGCCACUUGAUGAAUGUCUUUAUUUCGCGUUGAAUAACACAUUACGAUCACUGGAUCGACGAAAAUUGAAGUCUUGGUUACUCUAUUUGAGACUUUUUCUCAAUGGACUGUUUCGUCUUCCAUCAAUUACACGACCUGUUUAUCGUGGUGUCAAAUUAAAUUUAAGCAAAUCAUAUAUUAUGGAAAAAACAGUUGUAUGGUGGGGAUUUUCAUCAUGCACUACUUCAGUAAAUGUUUUACAAUCAGAAGAAUUUUCGGAUAAGACAGGAACUACUUAG